GCGAAAGUACUUCGGUAAUGGCGAAUGCAGUACUCAGAAAUGUCCAGGAAAACAGCUACGCUAUUUGAUUGUUCAAUAUGUUUGGAAGAGUUUAAGAAUCCAAGGUGUUUACCAUGUUCGCACACAUAUUGUGAGACGUGUUUGCAAAUAUAUAUUGAAACUACGUCAAAAAAGGUCAACAAUAAUACAUCUUUUACUUGUCCGGUAUGCAGAGUGCCUGCCACUGUUCCAGAUCAUAACAAGGCAGUCGGAAAAUUUGCAAGUCAGCUACCUUUCAAUCAUCGUAUCUUCUCUUUGAUGAUGGAUUCAAAAUCAAAGGAUAAAGUAACAUACAGCUGUGAUCCUUGUGCACGUGCUGGAGAUGAUGUGAAGGCAAUGAAUUGGUGUCAGCAAUGUAACGAGUUGCUGUGCAAGGAAUGUUUGAAGAGUUUCCACAUCCGUCUGAAAGAUUCUGGAACACACAAAGUCGUGACAAUUUCUGAAGGACAAAAACUUCCCGAACUAUCCGACUAUAAAAUGAACGAACCUUGUGAUGAACAUGCAGACAAGUUUUACGAAGUUUUUUGUUUAGAACAUUCUGAAGUGUGUUGCAUUAUCUGUUUGGCAGAGAAUCACCGCCAAUGUCUAAAUAUCAAAACUAUAGAGGAAGUCGUUGAGUUGUGUGUUGAAAAUGAAAUCGAUGUGGCAGUGAUCAGAGAUCUUAAUUGCAUAAAAAGACAAAUGACAGAAUUGAUAGAAAAGAAAGAGAACCAGAUAGAAAGAAUUAGUGCAGAAAAAGAAAGAAUUAUUUCAGAAUCCGAAUGCUGUAUCAAAGAAGCUAUAAACAAGCUAGAGAAGAUUAAGUUUGAAAUAAAAACCGAUGUUUCUAAUACCUGUUUGUCUAAAGUUCAACCAAUACAAGAACAAAUAGACAUAUGUUCUGUAUUCAAUGAAAAUAUUUCGCAGAACGAAAAAAUUCUUACCACCGUGAAAAAACAUGGAAAUGCUAAGCAAGGCUUUCUCACUCUGCAAAAAAUUAAGAAAACGCUACAUGCUCAGCGAAAAACGUUUGAAGAAGCUGCAGCAAGUGAUGAAACCGAUAACAGUAUGUUUGAACUUGUGCUGGACCAGUCACUGAUGAACUUUGUAAAGAACAAGGAAAUUUCUUUUGACCUGAAUACAAAGCAAUCUAAAGGGUGGAAAGAUAUUUCUAAGACAGAAAUCAUUAAACAACUGGAUAAACUUGCCCAGCGAUUCAAUGCAAUAGGGUCUUUAAAAAACAGAUCCGAAAAUAAAGACACAAUACGAACGGAAAAAAAAUCAAAGGGAGGAACAAAUCCUGACCGUACAUCCUAUAAAUCUAACCAAAACGAAGCAGCUGGUUUCGCGCUGGAAGCUUUGUUUGAAAAUGAGGACGGUAUACUUCAUAUUUUUGAAGGAGACGAAAAAUCUGCAUCCAGUGAAGAGGAACAGGGUUCUUUCAAUUCACAUGACCAUUCGAUGGAAACGAUUUCAAAACGUCAUCAAAAACCAGAUCGGAGAAGUGGAAAAAGAGAAAAGAGACGGUUUCAUGAUAAAAACAAGCAUUAGAAUUUACUCGGUAAAAAAUGGUAAACUUUUAAACUUGCAGUAUAUAUCUAAUUUUGUCAAGACUUUCUUUUUUAUCGAAUUAUGUUAAAGUUUAUUUACCUUC